GAAAACUAUCCAUGGCAGUCAUGUCCAUCGGCCGAUUGACGCACUUUUCAUUUCGACGCCACGCGUAGCUCCAUGACAGACGCCUCCGCGUGCAUUCGAUCCGCGUUGAUCCUGUCGUGUGCAUUCUUCUUGAUCUUCACCGCGUCGUCAGGGAUCGACAACCUCGAAACGUCCAUCCUCCCAGGGAAAUGCGACGGGUGCGCCGGUGCUUCCCACGGGAUUUGCCAGUGGCAGGAUGUAUGCCAAGACAAGAUCGAGACAUCGUGCGAUCAAGUGUGCGAGGCCCCGUUUAAAGAAUGCACAUGUGCGUGGGCUUCUUGGUGCCAGUCUUGUUGGUGACACGGAGUACACUUUGUAGCGUCAUUGGGCAGCACUAUGCUUGGGCUUGCGUACUUGUCGUUCACGGUGUGCUCGUUUGGGGCGUCAUAUGGUCCAUUGGCAUUCGGUGAAAAGGCAAGCAUGGUUGCUAGCUCUCUUUCCUAUUCCUUGUACGGGCUUGUCAACUUGAUCGUGGCGCUAUACCCAACCUACACGAGGCUUCACUGGUACCUGAUGGUCCCCUUGUCCGUUCUGUCUGGGGUGUCGUCGUCUGUCAUUUGGAUCUCACAGGCGAGCUAUUUGACGGCAUUGAGUGGUCAUUACGCCCAGCUACAACACCUCGUGAGCCCCGGUAGCGCGUUGGGCUUGUUUAACGGCAUCUUCUUUGCUGGAUACAACGCGAGCCAAAUCGCAGGCAACUUGAUUUCAUUUGCCGUGCUCGGGGCCUUGCAAUGGCCCACGACUGCGCUCUUUGCCGUGUACAUGGUCUUGUCGUUGCUCGGGUCGUUCUUGUUGACGUUGCUGCCCAAGGUGGUGGCGGCGACACAAGACACUACCAACGAUGUUACUACUCAGGUUGAAACGUCAAAGUUAUUGAAACCAGACUACUCCUUCGCCCCAUCCAAGUCGUUCAACGCGUUGUGGCUCGUCGCUUGUGAUCGCCGCAUGGUGUUGCUUGGGCCAGUGAUGAUCUUUCAUGGCCUGCAGCAAGGGUUCGUCACUGGUGAGUUCACGGCGCACGUGAUUCGAGAAUCGCUUGGGAGUGCAUCCAUUGGCAUCGUCAUGGCAGUGUAUGGCGUGGUCAACGUCAUGUCGGCGUUUGCAUUUGGAAAGAUCGCCGACAGAUUUGGACCCAUGGGGCCACUGUUGUUUGGGUUGGCAGUGGUGUUCGUAGCGUACUGCACUUGGCUUGUCCAUCCUAUUGCCAGAUGCGAUGGCCAGUGGAUGGUUGUGGUGGCCACGGCCAUACUUCUCAGUUUGGCAGACAGCUCGUCGACUGCCAUGCUGAACGUGAUUCUUGGCCAAGAGUUUCCAGCCAACUCGGUCCACGCCUUCUCGGUCUUUCGAGUCUACCAUGCAGGCUCGACGAGCGCGAGUUUUCUCACCUUUAGGUUCUUGAGCCUUCAAGGUCGGCUAGCCACCAUGAUGGCUGUGGUGGUUGUGGCCUCAGCUACAUUUGUGCUCUUUUGUCUUCGAUAUCGCACGCCAGCUAAACAGCUCGCGCACGGUCGCGUGUAGCCGCCAGAAAAAUGACAAACGCAGCUAGUCCUAGUAUUGUGAAUUAUUCGCUAACGUUACUUCAGUAUAUAAGUAUUAAUAC